UACGUUAAGAGGAGGGUUCAACUUUUCCCCUUUCCCCCUCCUUCUUCUUCUUCUUCCACCACAAGUCGACAACUAUUCCACUUCCCCCAAACAUUACCAUUGCCCAAGGUCAGCCGCACGAACCGACCGGAGAAGUUGUCGCCACGACAGGCAAACCACCGUAAGGGACACCGGGGCUCGGUUUCCUUCUCCCCGUGUUUACCGCACCAACAUGGCGGCCGGGCACCUGCCUUAGCGACUCUACACGGCCGACGAGACGGAGCGAAGGUCGCCUCGACAGCGGCUGCAGCGCUGGUGCAUGUACGAGCAAGACUUUGGGAUACGUUCGUGAGCCUUCCGCGGCACCAUGAUCGCCAACUCGGGGACUUACGCCAACAAGAAGAGGAAGAAACCCGUCCUCAAACAAAAAAAGGUGUCCCGCAGUAACGAGGUGGUUAAAUCCAACCCGUCCAAGCGACACCGGGACCGGCUGAACGGGGAGCUGGACCGGCUAACAGAUCUGCUGCCCUUCCACGACGAUGUCCGAUCCUGUUUGGACAAGCUGUCCGUCCUGCGCCUCAGUGUGGGAUACCUGAGAGUCAAGAGCUUCUUUAAAGCUACGCUCAAGAACAGCACCGGGCCAGCCUUUCCUGCAGCUAAGAAGUCCAAUGGGGACACUUUGGAAACCACAGGACUAUCUGAGGGAGACCUGCUGCUCCGGGCACUCAACGGCUUUGUGCUGGUGAUCACGUCUGAGGGGGUGGUCUUCUACGCGUCCCCCACCAUCAAGGAGUACCUGGGCUUCCAGCAGUCAGACGUGGUCCACCAGAGCGUGUUUGAGCUCAUCCACACAGACGACCGCGGGAUCUUCAGGCAGAACCUCCACUUUGCUCUCAACCCACCCGACUUGGACGUGGAACGUUUGGAUGGAUGCACCAGGACAGAGUUCUACAAUGCAAACCAGCUUCCGCCAGAGAACUCGUCCUUCCUGGAGAGAAGUUUUGUCUCUCGCUUCCGCUGCCUCCUGGACAACUCUUCUGGCUUCCUGGCUCUGAAGUUCCAGGGCCGCCUCAAGUUCCUGCACGGCCAAAACCUCUUCAGGGACAACGGCGCACACGCCAAACCGCAGCUGUCGCUGUUUGCCGUGGCCACUCCCGUGCAGCCGGCGUCCAUCGUGGAAAUCCGCUCCAAGACGCUGCUCUUCCAAUCCAAGCACAAGCUGGACUUCUCGCCCCUGGGCAUCGAUGACAGGGGGAAGAUCAUUUUGGGCUACUCGGAGGUGGAGCUGUGCAUUAACGGCUCGGGCUACCAGUUCAUCCACGCCGGCGACAUGAUGCACUGCGCCGACAACCACCUGCGAAUGAUGAAAACCGGAGAAAGCGGCCUGACUAUUUUCCGCCUCCUCAGUAAAUCCAGAACCUGGGUUUGGGUCAAGUCGAAUGCCAAGCUGUUCUACAAAGCAGGAAGACCCGACUUCAUCAUCGCUUACCAGCAAGCCAUAGCCAACGCCGAGGGCGAGGAGUACCUUCGCCGGAGGAGGCUGCAGCUGCCCUUCAGCCUGACGAAGGGCGAGGGGGUGCUGUACAACACCAACUUGACUGUGGACCUCUCGCAGGCGCAGUUCAACAACAACCACAACGCAGACGCCGGCGAGAAGGCGGAGCCCCCCCGCUCCCUGCUGGACUGCUUCCUCAGCCAGGAGAAGUCCAUCUACAGCCGCCCCCCUGACGUGCCUCUGCCCGUGGACCAGGUGUUCAUGGACAGCCGGGCGCUGGUCAGCGUACCUAGCAACAGCGUGGUGGUGAAGGAGGAGGCCAAGCAGUCGGUGAUGGUCGUCAUCGGCAGCCUGCAGGAAAUGGCCCAGAGGGGCGACUUCGGCGCCGCCUUGGAGGACAUGGAGGUGGGCGAGGGCGAGCUGAUGGAGUGGGAGGAGACCCUGAAGAGGCUGGGCCGGGAGGACGAGGGGCAGGAGAAUGUGCACUCCGAGCUGGACAGCAUCCUCAUCAACGAGCUCUUCGAACACCUGGACUCUGCCUUGUUCAAGGAGAAGGGGGAAGAAUGCCCCCCUCCUUGCCUGAAGGCGGCCGGCAGCAGCCCCGCGGGAGCCGAGCAGCAGCUGUUCCCGUCGGCUCCUCAGGAUGGGACUUACGGACCCUUAAUCGGCCUCCCGAGACUUUCCCACUGCGGACCUCUACCCGAGCCGGCUCCUCCACCGCAGCUCCAACUUCCGGACAUUUUCAGCCCAGAAAUAGAACUGCCACCCCUCACCGUCCCUGAAAGCUCCCGUGGGGGCGGCGCGCCGCUCCAAUUCCCGACUUUCAGCAACGCCUUGCCUGCCAAGCGGCGACUGGCGGCCAUGGUUCCUUGCAGCAACCUCAACAACCCGGCUGUGCCCGUCGCCGCCCACAACCGCCUUCCUCAGCAGUGGUCGCAGGGCCCGUACACGGCACCCCCCGCCAGCCUCACGCACAACGGACACGGGCCGACGCCGGCUCCGGGAAGCCAGCCGUUUCCCCGGCCCAACCUGUGGCCGAGUAGCGUCGGCCAGCAGGGGGUGCAGGUGUGCGGGCAGGCGGCCGGUCCCAGCAGCUGCAUGUACGCGCAGCCGACGGGGGGCGACACCCUGGCGCUCGGCCAGUCCUCGCUCCACACGGCCGCCCACCUGGACCAGAGUCCCCCUCAGGGCUCCUGCUACUUCCAGUGGGGGCGGAGCCAGCCCGUGGUGGGAACCUCGUCCAUCGGCCAGGACAACACCAACAUCAGUCCUAUGACGUCCAACAUGGCGCUGUCGGAGCUCGCCUUCAACCUCCAGUGCUACCAGGAAUGACGCGUGCAGCAGGCGGACAAGACACUUUCCAAGAACUCUCAUGCAGUAUCGCCCUCGUUUGUCGUCUUAUUUACCCGCUGUCCCAGGAAAAUUCAACGUACAAACAAUGAAGGCGUGUGAGCGCCUUCUUCGCCAGGAAGAACAGCCAAAGAUGUUUUUGUUUUUUUCUACAAGGGAAACCAACAUUGUUGCAAUUUUGCUCUACAACAAAACACUUCAAAUGUUAUAUCAGACAGUAGGAAGGGGGUUUAUACGGUAUACCUGACACAUGUAAAGUGACAAAUGUGAGGCGUGCGAUAUCCACUUAAGCCGCCAUAUGGCAGUAGAGUGUUGAACAUGUAGAGUGGCGAUUUCCGUCAUUUUCAGCAGACUGCCUUGCAAAAUGAUUCACCCAGAAAUAGGGCCUUAUGAAUCUCUUCCCGACACUUGCUUCUAAGACAACCGCGCUAAAAUAUUACGCUAAGCUUUGUAUAAAGUGCACACGAUCGGCAUAUCCACGCACAAAAAGAAUACAACGAUGCUAACUACCGAAAUAAUUCAUAACGAUGUAUUUCAAAAGCACUUUUUCUUCGUUUCACAAAACUUUCCUUUGCGCGAGUCACAAAAAAACCACGUCGGAACACUCGAAAGGGAAACCAGCGAAUGUCCAGGAAAUCGGAACGCCAAUUUAGAAUUCAGUGUCACCAACACAUCGUGAGAUUGUUCGCACGUUUAGUGAAGUCACCAAUAUGGGCGGAGCAAGAACACGUUUUUGGGGUGGCGAAAAUCGAGGUCACAAAAUAUCGACCGUUUGCCAACAACGAUGGCGUCAAUAGAAGGAGAAUUGUUCGGAUUAAGGUUAGUGUUGCGUUAAAAAAUGAUCAUUGUAUCGAGAAUCUACUCGCUUUAUCAAAUCAUUACUUUCAGCGCUAGGUUUACGAAAAACAUACAACGGACUGGAAUCGGUUUUGUCACCUUUUGCUCGUCGAGCGUAGCAAAGUCAUAAAACGUGUUUUCGUUAGUGCAAUUUUUGUCGAUAUUAAAGUAAUUGGCAAGUAACGUAACGCAGUUAUCCCGAUGUUGGCGUAGCGAUACUCCACCACGCGUGAUAUUAUAACAUACGAUGUUGCGACUACCACGUUUUGUCCUGAUAUUAAAGUCG